AUGCCACCUGCACCACCACCACCACCUCCUCCUCCACCACCUCCACCUCCACCCCCACCACCACCUCCUCUACCAGGGCCAACUGCGGAGCCUCCAGUUCCUCCACCUCCUCCUCCACCAGGAGCUCCUCCUCUUCCAGGAACUGCCUCACCCACAGUUAUAUUCAACUCAGGACUAGCAGCUGUGAAAAUUAAGAAGCCCAUCAAGACAAAGUUCAGGAUGCCAGUAUUCAACUGGGUGGCUCUAAAACCCAACCAGAUCAAUGGCACAGUCUUCAAUGAAAUUGACGAUGAAAGGAUACUGGAGGAUUUAAACGUUGAUGAAUUUGAGGAAAUUUUUAAGACAAAGGCCCAGGGCCCGUCUGUUGACAUCACCUCCAGCAAGCAGAAAGUGGCGCCUAAAGGUUCCAACAAGGUGACAUUGUUAGACGCCAACAGAGCCAAGAACCUGGCAAUAACCUUGAGGAAAGCAGGCAAGACAGCAGAGGAAAUUUGCCGAGCCAUUCAGCAGUUUGACCUGAAAACGCUUCCUGUGGACUUUGUGGAAUGUUUGAUGAGGUUCAUGCCCACAGAGGCAGAGGUGAAGGUCUUACGGACUUAUGAGCGGGAGAAAAAGCCCGUGGAGAACUUGUCAGAUGAGGAUCGCUUUAUGAUGCAGUUCAGCAAGAUAGAGCGACUAAUGCAAAAGAUGACCAUCAUGGCAUUUAUUGGAAACUUCUCUGAAAGCAUCCAGAUGCUAACACCGCAACUUCAUGCAAUAAUAGCUGCCUCAGUCUCCAUUAAGUCUUCUCAGAAGCUAAAGAAAAUACUAGAGAUUAUCUUGGCCCUUGGGAAUUACAUGAACAGCAGUAAACGUGGAGCCGUGUAUGGGUUUAAACUUCAAAGCUUAGAUUUGCUUCUGGACACCAAGUCAACGGACAGAAAACAGACAUUGUUGCACUAUAUAUCUAAUGUUGUACGGGAUAAGUACUCGCAAGUCGCUCUGUUCUACAAUGAGCUCCACUAUGUGGAGAAAGCUGCCGCAGUCUCUCUUGAAAAUGUCCUUUUGGAUGUGAAAGAACUUCAGCGAGGGAUGGAUCUGACAAAACGAGAGUACACCAUGCACGAUCACAAUAUAAUGCUCAAAGAAUUUAUACAGAACAAUGAAGGGAGGCUGAAGAAGUUGCAGGAUGAUGCCAAAAUCUCUCAAGAUGCCUUUGAUGACGCAGUGAAAUAUUUUGGUGAAAAUCCUAAAACCACUCCUCCAUCUGUAUUCUUCCCUGUUUUCGUCCGAUUCGUGAAAGCCUACAAGCUAGCAGAUGAGGAGAACGAACUGAGAAAAAAACAGGAACAGGCCCUCAUGGAGAAACUCCUAGAACAAGAAGCCAUGAUGGACCAACAAAAUCAAAAGUCUCCUUCACAUAAAUCUAAACGUCAGCAGCAGGAGUUAAUAGCAGAGCUGAGGAGGAGACAAGUUAAAGAUAAUAGACAUGUUUAUGAAGGCAAAGAUGGAGCCAUUGAGGAUAUAAUCACA